UUUUAAUUCCUCCUGUGACUCUCUCAUAUAGGUAAUCUGUGUGAACCCACACAGAUGUGACAGCUAUCACAAACACACCUUCUGACCUCCACCUUCUUGACAUGAAUCGAUAUGUGUUUGGAUACCUGACUUCAACAACUACUGCUUUUACUGCUGACUGGUUGCGUCUUGCUGUCUGACUGUGAAUGCCGGGCCUUGAGGUAGUUCUGCGGGACCAUAUGGCACAAUACCACACAAUAUAGGUCCCCUGUGUAUGAAGUAACAUGGACAAAGUGGUCAUCAGUCUCCUGCUUCUGGCAACCACAGUCGUGAUGGUCCAUGCAUGUCCCAAAUACUGUGUCUGUCAGAACCUCUCAGAGUCUCUGGGAACAUUAUGCCCCUCCAAAGGCCUGCUCUUUGUUCCGCCGGACAUUGACCGGCGAACUGUGGAGCUCCGGCUCGGUGGAAAUUUUAUUCUCAAGAUCACUACACAGGAUUUUGCUAACAUGACAGGACUGGUGGAUCUCACUUUGUCGCGCAACACCAUCAGCGACAUCCAGCCUUUCUCCUUCAUUGACCUCGAGACUCUGAGAUCUCUGCACCUAGACAGUAACCGACUGACUGAACUUGGCCCAGAUGACCUUAGAGGACUGAUCAACCUUCAACAUCUGAUCCUCAACAACAAUCAACUGAAUCAGAUCUCCAAAGCAGCAUUUGAUGACUUGUCACUGACCCUGGAGGAUCUGGAUUUGUCAUACAACAACUUGCGCAGUGUGCCUUGGGAAGCCAUCCGUAGGAUGGUAAACCUCCAUCAAAUGAGUCUGGAUCAUAACCUCCUUUCCUUCAUUGCUGAGGGGACUUUUACUGAUUUGGAUAAACUGGCCCGCUUGGAUCUUACCUCUAACCGUUUGCAGAAGCUCCCACCGGAUCCCAUAUUUGCCCGCUCCCAGAGCAAUGUUAUAAUGAGCACUCCGUAUGCACCUCCACUCUCCCUCAGCUUUGGUGGAAAUCCAUUGCAUUGCAACUGUGAGGUGCUUUGGCUCCGAAGGCUCGACCGUGAGGAUGAUAUGGAAACCUGUGCCUCUCCUAGCAGUGUAAAAGGGCGCUACUUUUGGUCUGUGCGAGAGGAAGAAUUUGUUUGUGAACCCCCUCUGAUCACUCAACAUACACACAAAUUGCUCGUGCUCGAAGGCCAAACAGCUAGCCUUCGAUGCAAAGCUGUUGGUGAUCCAAUGCCAACAGUGCACUGGGUUGCUCCAGAUGACCGUUUGAUCAGCAAUUCCUCCCGAGCAACUGUAUAUGACAAUGGAACCCUGGACAUAACAAUCACCUCUUCAAAGGAUUACGGUACCUUUACUUGCAUAGCCGCUAAUGCUGCUGGGGAAUCUAUAGCCUCUGUUGAACUGUCAAUCAUUCAGCUCCCCCACCUGAAUAAUGAGACAAACCGAACCACACAGUCCAAGUCCGGGCUUUCUGAUAUAACCAGCUCGACCAAGAUCAGUAAGGGGGAGCCUAAAGUUCUACCAGAGAAGACUGUAUCUGUAUCAGAAGUGACUGCUGUUUCUGCUUUAGUCAAGUGGACUGUGAGCAAAUCAACUCCAAAGGUCAAAAUGUACCAGCUCCAGUACAACUGUUCUGAAGAUGAAGUCCUUAUUUACAGGAUGAUUCCCAUGACGAACAAAGCCUUCCUAGUCACAAAUCUUGUGCCAGGGAUGCAAUAUGACCUGUGUGUCCUUGCCAUCUGGGAUGACACUGCUACCACACUUACUGCCACCAACAUUGUUGGCUGCAUCCAGUUUAUCACCAGGGAUGACUAUCCACAGUGCCAGUCACUUCACGGUGGUUUCCUGGGUGGAACCAUGAUCCUUGUCAUUGGUGGCAUUAUCGUUGCCACAUUGUUGGUGUUUAUCAUCAUCCUUAUGGUGCGAUACAAGGUGACCAACGGAAUCCAGACAAGCAAACUACCCAUGGUGAGCAACACAUACUCCCAGACAAAUGGGGGAUUGAACAGAUUCAAUGGUGCCCCACCACAGGUCAAAUCCACAGUGGUGGUCAUGCGUGAGGAAAUGGUAGAGUUCAAGUGUGGAUCACUCCAGAGCAGCCUCUCUUCAUCUUCAUCCUCUUCUAACUCAUUGGACAGCCAACCAGUAAGAGGUGCUGGUGAGUGCUACAACAUGCAGGGAAGCGGAAGCAACACCCUUCCCGGCAGCAAAUUCAAGAAGCACACACAUGGCACCAAAACACGACCAAGCCUGGAUCACCUUUUAGGAGCCUUUACCUCACUUGAGCUGCGAGGACCAGGGAAGGAUCAGCAAGGAGUAUCUGGUGCCUCCACUACUUCAAACACUAUGGCAGUUGCUACAGUGCCCCUGUCUGAUAAAGAACCUCUUCUUGGAAGGGCCGAGUCCACCACCAUGCUGGGACGUCUUCUAGGGAUGCCCCAGGAGGGUAAACCAAAGAGGAGUCACUCAUUUGACAUGGGUCAUGUGGGGACAGCACAGUGUCGCAGCAACUACCCUCGCAGGAUCAGUAAUAUCUGGACUAAACGUAGUCUGUCUGUUAAUGGCAUGCUGCUCCAAUACGAUGACAGUGAGGAGGAAAAAACAACCUUUGAGAGCUCUGAGUGGGUCAUGGAAAGCACAGUUUGAGUACAAUCAGGUUAACGGUGUGGGUGAUCAGAGAAACAAUAAACCUAUACAAAGAACAAAAUGGACAUGAGUGUAGAGGGAAGACUGUUCUGAAGGGAAUAUUGCAUGACAUUCAUCCAUGUGAAUUCUGUGAGAAAUGACACUCAAACUGAUUGUUUCCUGGCCAUGAUGACAAAUCUGACAGUCCACCAAACUGAAUUUGAAAAAUUGUUUGCAUCUUGAAAGCAUACCGAAUCUUGCAGCUUUUUUGCAGUUUAAUGUGUGUAGAAAAUGAGUUCCAUUCCACAGGGCAUGUGGGAGUAUUUCAGAAAAAAAUGAGGAAAUAAA